AUGGUAACAAGGAUGCUCCAUCUGGAUAUUGCUUGCGACCUUUUAACAGUUGCGUUUCUAAGUCUACUUCGACUAUUUUUCAGUCUUCGAAGUAUCCCGAAAACCAUCACAAGUGAUAAUGCUCCAACAUUCACGAUGGGGGCUACUAUUCUUCGAGAAUGCGUGGAAGCUCUACAGCAACACCCGGCUUUAUCUCGAGAACUCAGCAGUCGUGAAAUUCACUGGCGGUGCAUUACACCAUACGACCCUUGGAAAGGAGGGCUUCACCAACGUCUUAUCGAGUCAGUAAAACCCUCGCUUUAUAAGACGGUGGAAAAAGCAGUAUUGAGCUUCGAUGAGUUAUCAACCAUACUCGUCGAAACAGAAGCACUCCUCAACACAAGGCCACUACUCUACAUGGAUUCUGAAUCCGCUAAUGAAUCCAUACUACGACCAAUCGAUUUCCAGCAAAAUGAAAUGGAGAUCCUACACUUAUUUGACACGAAUCCACAGCUUGAAGAAGACCCUAACUAUCUACCGUCAGUAGAGCCUGUUCUCAUCUACACAAAGGCGCAAGCUGUUCAAGCGCUUCAGAGCUCAUGCAAGUUUACAGAGAACUUCUGA